AUGAUGCGAUUAUUCUUAAUGCUUCUUCUGAUUGAGUUUGCUGCAGAUUUGCACUUUCCUACUACAGAGGCACUCGAGGUGGAAGAAGCAACUCGACUGCAACUGCAGGAACGAUUUCCUCUUGAGUUGAAUCAGGAAGGGGAACAGCUUGAAAAUGUUAUGAAGGAAUUGUGGCGUGGAGAGUCGAUGGCAGUGAAACCACUGCCGUGGGUAAAACUUGAUAUGAGCAAUGGUAGCAUUGCUCUUCAGGGAAAUGUAAAGUGUGGAGGAGGCUACUGCCCUAGUGAGGCUCCAAUAUGUUGCGGCAAAGCUCCAUCAUAUUACUGCGUUCCUGGUGGAAGUAAGUGUUGCAGUGCUUUAGGUAGUGCUGAGAUGGCGUGUGGACAAAACACAGAGUGCUGUGCCACAAGAAAUAAUGUAACGUGUUGUGGGAAAGAUACGGUAUGUAUAAAGGAUGGUGAUGAAUCAAAAUGUGUUAAAGAUGUCUGUGCAAUACAUAAUACUGCUGACGAAUGUCUAAAUGAAGAAGAUGGAUGUGGAUGGUGCUGUGAAGAACAGCGGUGUGUUUCAAAUGGUACACGUUGCUCAAUGGGAGGCACUGCCAUUGUCUCUGGUGAAGUAUGUCCUUCACUGUGUCAAUACGCAAACACUUGUGGUCUUUGCCUAUUGUCUCAAGAAUAUAAUACAUCAGGACCUUGUUUAUGGUGUUGUAGUACACAGUCAUGUAUUUCCUCUAGUAGCGCGUUCACGUGUGCAAAUGACCAAAGAGUAGAUAGUUUAGGUCAAUGUUCCGCUUGUCAAGCAAAUGGAGCUGGAAUAAAUCCACGUUUUAUUGGAACAUAUGCUCAGAUUUUGGCAAUUCUAUCAGCUGUAAUUCUUAUUAUUGGAAUUAUGUCAUGUAUUGGAGUGAUACGGGCCUUUGUGUGUUAUCGUGGUAGUAUUGUGACACAUAAUGGAAUGCGUCUAGCAGAUGUGGACGCACAACGUGCAGUAAGACGUCAUGGUUUUGGUUCGAGUGAACCACUUUCUACCGGUCGCCAAGCAAAAAAUAAGUUAAAAAGUUACUUAAAUACUAUAAUAUCAGUGUUAAAGUCAAAUUCAAAGUCAAAGGUGGAAGGGGAAUAUAAAGAAGGGGAUGAAAAUUCUCCUUUAAACAGUGUAUUAAGUUGCGCUAAGUGUCAGCGUACAUUACAGGCACAUGCACUACCUAAUGUUGCUAACUCAAUGAAGGGUAUAAAAACGCCCAGAAAUAGAAUUAUUGAAGAUUCAGUUAGGAAAAAUCAAGAAGUAGAUGAUGAUAUCGUUAUUUUAUUACCAUGUGGUCAUUUGUUCUGUCGUCCUUGCCUGGGACUAAGAGUAAAAGAGAAAUCUUCGGUAGUAAUAAAAGAUAAACAUAUAGAACAACCACAAUCGUUGACGUCAGUUCAGUUUGACAAAAGUAAUGUCAAUGGAGAAAACAAUUUUCUUUGUUUUAAUACCGAAGGUGAUGCGGCUACAUCUGAGAACAGAGAGACUCGGUUAUCAGAGGGAUCCCCUGCUUUGUUUGCAGAGGAAUAUCAGAAUUUACCUCACCAACAUUUAGAAGGACAGAGAGCAAGAUAUGAAGAGGUUAAUGUAACCGAGAGAAGAGAAUCUUCACAUUCUCAAAUAGAAAAAUGGAGAGAGGGAUUAUUACGUUCCUUGCAUGGUCUUCAUAAUAAAAAUGCUCAUACAAAUGUACAAGAAGAAAAUGAUGAAAACGUUGUACAGAAAAAAAUAAAACACAAAUGUCCUGUAUGUCAAAAAGCUGUAAAAGAUGUGCUUCUACCCGAGAAUAUUCUUCAAUUAUAA